GAGGCGACGGAGCCCCAGACACAGCAGGAGCGCGCCGUGGCCGUGCAGUCUCCGCCGCGCCUUCGCCGCCGCGCGCGCCGCCUCCUCCGCGAGCAGCGGGAACCGCAGCGGCUCCCGGCCGCCGCCGCCAGGACCUCUCCGCGUCGGCGCUCAGCCGCAGCUAUUUCCUUCUGCCGGCCUCUUUGAACUCUCGGAAUCUUCUCCGCUCGCCUCUCUAGUGUUCCCUCUAGCUGUAUUUUCACUCCUCUUCCUUUAUACUUAGGCACCCUGCUUUUUUUCUCCUUUUUUUGAGGAUUUCUUCUUGACUUACAAUGACUUGUCUUCUUACCCUCGUCGAUUGCAGCCCUGAAGACUGAAAAGGGACCCUUCUCUUCCCCCCAGUGGCAUUUAAAAGACCGCAGUCCUUGGAAGUCUUAAGCAAAGGAAAAGGACGCGGGACCUUCUGGACACCCGGGAGUGCAGUCCGGAACUGCACUACCACCAUAACUAGUAUUUCAUUUAACCCCACGGGAAAGGACGCAGGAGCCGGAAACAAACUUCAGCCUUCUCAGAGGAUCCGUGGUCCCCGCAUCUGGAGCAGUCGCGCGCCCCAAGGCAGAGGACCCCACGGGGACCCAGCGGGGCCGCGAGCUUCCCUUGCCCCCCGCGCGAGGUCGGAGCCGCGGACUGAGCCGCGCAGGACAGCGGCGGCGGAGGCGGCAGAAAAAGAUGCGGGGCUCGCGGCCCCCUGGUGCGGGACGCCGGCGGCCCCCGGGCGGUGGCGGCGAGCCCCCCAUUGCCCCUGCGUCUCUGGCCGGCUGCUAUUCCGCACCUCGCAGGGCGCCCCUCUGGAUAUGCCUGCUCCUGUGCGCCGCGCUCCGGACCCUGCUGGCCAGCCCCAGCAACGAAGUAAAUUUAUUGGAUUCACGUACUGUCAUGGGGGACCUGGGAUGGAUUGCUUUUCCAAAAAAUGGGUGGGAAGAAAUUGGUGAAGUUGAUGAAAAUUAUGCCCCUAUCCACACAUACCAAGUAUGCAAAGUUAUGGAACAAAAUCAGAAUAACUGGCUUUUGACCAGUUGGAUCUCCAAUGAAGGUGCUUCCAGAAUCUUCAUAGAACUCAAGUUCACUCUCCGGGACUGCAACAGCCUUCCUGGAGGACUGGGGACCUGUAAGGAAACUUUUAACAUGUAUUAUUUUGAGUCAGAUCAAGAAGAUGGGAGAAACAUCAAGGAAAACCAGUACAUCAAAAUUGAUACUAUUGCUGCUGAUGAAAGCUUUACAGAACUUGAUCUUGGCGACCGUGUCAUGAAACUGAAUACAGAGGUCAGAGAUGUAGGACCUCUAAGCAAAAAGGGAUUUUAUCUUGCUUUUCAAGAUGUGGGUGCUUGCAUUGCUCUGGUCUCUGUGCGAGUGUACUAUAAAAAGUGCCCAUCUGUGGUACGACACUUGGCUGUCUUCCCUGACACAAUCACUGGAGCUGAUUCUUCACAGUUGCUCGAAGUAUCAGGCUCUUGUGUCAACCAUUCUGUGACAGAUGAACCACCCAAAAUGCACUGCAGCGCUGAAGGGGAGUGGCUGGUGCCCAUCGGGAAAUGCAUGUGCGAGGCAGGAUAUGAAGAGAAAAAUGGCACCUGUCAAGUGUGCAGACCUGGGUUCUUCAAAGCCUCACCUCACAGCCAGAGAUGCAGCAAAUGCCCACCUCACAGUUACACCCAUGAGGAAGCUUCAACCUCUUGUGUCUGUGAAAAGGAUUAUUUCAGGAGGGAGUCUGAUCCACCCACAAUGGCAUGCACAAGACCCCCCUCAGCUCCUCGGAAUGCCAUCUCAAAUGUUAAUGAAACUAGUGUCUUUCUGGAAUGGAUUCCUCCUGCUGACACUGGUGGAAGGAAAGAUGUGUCAUAUUAUAUUGCAUGCAAGAAGUGCAACUCCCCAGCAGGUGUGUGUGACGGGUGUGGCGGUCAUGUCAGGUACCUCCCCCAGCAAACCGGCCUGAAAAACACCUCUGUCAUGAUGGUGGAUCUGCUCGCUCACACAAACUAUACCUUUGAGAUUGAGGCAGUGAAUGGAGUGUCCGACUUGAGCCCAGGAGUCCGGCAGUAUGUGUCUGUAAAUGUAACCACAAAUCAAGCAGCCCCCUCUCCAGUUACCAAUGUGAAAAAGGGGAAGAUUGCAAAAAACAGCAUCUCUUUGUCUUGGCAAGAACCAGAUCGCCCCAACGGAAUCAUCCUGGAGUAUGAAAUCAAAUAUUUUGAAAAGGACCAAGAGACCAGCUAUACAAUUAUCAAAUCUAAGGAGACAACUAUUACUGCAGAGGGCUUGAAACCAGCUUCAGUGUAUAUCUUCCAAAUUCGAGCACGCACAGCAGCAGGCUACGGUGUCUUCAGUCGAAGAUUUGAGUUUGAAACCAUCCCAGUGUCAGUUGCUGCAUCCAGCGAUCAAAGCCAGAUUCCUAUAAUUGCUGUGUCUGUGACAGUGGGAGUCAUUUUGUUGGCAGUGGUUAUCGGCUUCCUCCUCAGUGGCAGUUGCUGCGAAUGUGGCUGUGGAAGGGCUUCUUCCCUGUGCGCUGUUGCCCAUCCAAGCCUAAUAUGGAGGUGUGGUUACAGCAAGGCAAAACAAGAUCCAGAAGAGGAAAAGAUGCACUUUCAUAAUGGGCAUAUUAAACUGCCAGGAGUAAGAACUUAUAUUGAUCCACACACCUACGAGGAUCCCAAUCAAGCAGUCCAUGAAUUUGCCAAGGAGAUAGAAGCUUCAUGCAUCACCAUUGAAAGAGUUAUUGGAGCAGGUGAAUUUGGUGAAGUUUGCAGUGGACGUUUGAAACUUCCAGGAAAAAGAGAAUUACCUGUGGCCAUCAAAACCCUGAAAGUAGGCUAUACUGACAAGCAACGCAGAGAUUUCCUGGGUGAAGCAAGUAUCAUGGGGCAGUUUGAUCAUCCUAACAUCAUUCACUUAGAAGGCGUCGUGACCAAAAGUAAACCAGUGAUGAUAGUGACGGAGUAUAUGGAAAAUGGCUCUUUAGAUACAUUUUUAAAGAAAAACGAUGGGCAAUUCACUGUGAUCCAGCUUGUUGGCAUGCUGAGAGGCAUUGCUGCAGGAAUGAAGUACCUUUCUGACAUGGGCUACGUGCAUAGAGACCUUGCUGCCAGAAACAUCUUAAUCAACAGUAACCUUGUGUGCAAAGUGUCUGACUUUGGACUUUCCAGGAUACUGGAAGAUGAUCCUGAGGCAGCCUAUACCACGAGGGGAGGCAAAAUUCCAAUCAGAUGGACCGCCCCAGAAGCGAUAGCUUUCCGAAAGUUUACCUCUGCCAGUGAUGUCUGGAGCUAUGGAAUCGUGAUGUGGGAGGUUGUGUCUUAUGGGGAGAGACCCUAUUGGGAGAUGACCAAUCAAGAUGUGAUUAAAGCAGUAGAGGAAGGCUACCGUCUGCCAAGCCCCAUGGACUGUCCUGCUGCUCUCUACCAAUUAAUGCUGGAUUGCUGGCAGAAAGACCGAAAUAGCAGGCCCAAGUUUGAUGAAAUAGUCAACAUGUUGGACAAGCUGAUUCGUAACCCAAGUAGCUUGAAAACCCUGGUUAAUGCGUCAAGCAGAGUAUCUAACUUAUUGGCAGAGCAUGGCUCACUGGGCUCUGGAGCCUACAGAUCAGUUGGUGAAUGGCUAGAAACAAUCAAAAUGGGCCGGUAUACAGAGAUUUUCAUGGAAAAUGGAUACAGUUCAAUGGACGCUGUGGCUCAGGUGACCUUGGAGGAUUUGAGACGGCUUGGAGUGACUCUUGUCGGUCACCAGAAGAAGAUCAUGAACAGCCUUCAGGAAGUGAAGGUGCAGCUGGUAAAUGGGAUGGUGCCCUUAUAACAUCAUUUUAAUGUCAUUUCGUCAAGUGAAUGAUUCUGCACUUUGUAAACAAGCCCUGAGAUUUAUUUUAACAAAAAAAAAAAAAAGGAAAAAGGGAACACAGUAAUCUCUAAACCUUAGGAGAGCAUUUGUUUCAGCCACAGAAUUUGUAAUCAGUGUUUUACUAAAACCUCCUUAUCUUCCUCCCAGUGUCUUCAUUUUUCAUGAAACAAAUAUAACCUGCAUGGAAUAAGAACAUGAGGUUAAACAUUAUGUACAACAACAAAAUCUUUCCUACCACUUCUACAAAAUUUUAUAAAUGAAAUAUAUAGCUAUAUAUUGCACCUUUAUAGACUGAUUUAAGGCAGCCCCUUUCAAAACUUCCAAGAAUCUACUUGAAAGGAAACAUUUUAUAGCCAUUUGUGAGCUAAUAAAAGCUGCAAUUUACUGAAGUUUACUUCAAGUCUUAAUUGUCUACAUAAGUGUAUUGAAGAGCAAUAUGGUUAGAUAAUUUCUUAAUGGAUAUCUUCUUUUGUAAUUUUAAAAUGCUGUUACACAGCAUUAAGUUAUAGAAACUAGUGUAUAGACAUGUUGCUUGAUUGAGGACAGGUACAAUACAGGGUGUAUAUUUACUUUUCUUUGUUAUAAAAUUUACUUUUAGCUGCUCUUCCAGAAGCUAUUAGGUAAUAAUUGUGUAUAUAUUGUAUAAUUUGCUAUAUACCCAGGAAUCAAUUUAAGUUGGAGUUUUGUGGGUGUGUGUUUGCACAUGUGUAUAUUACCAUUCUGCUUGCAUUUUUAAUGGUGCUUUAAUUUUAGCAACAUACCGGAGCAAGUGUUCCAGAGUGUAAUAUGAAUAGGAGAAAUAGAGAAGCAGUAAAACAAAAUUUAACAAAGCUUGUGUCCUUUUUUCCUCUCUGUGUCCAAAAGCUUCUAAAUCUCUUUAUUCACUAGGAGGAAAUGUCUAUACGGUUAAAUCCCCUUUGGCUUUUUAAAAACACUUUGUGGUAUCUAUGGCAAUACAGUUCUUCUAGCCAUUAAUCUUGCACCCCUGUAAGAAAUGUCACCUUUCUGAGUCCCAGAAAAUAUCUUGUCAAGCGAGGCUGACACCGAAGGGCACAUUUUCAGCAGGAUGUAGAAGGAUUUAACUGGGCAGGCUUCUGUUAAUGUUGUUAAAUCCAGGCACAUAGCACUAAGCAUUACCCCUAAGUGUUAAUCCUUUGUAACUAUUUCCCUUGUGGGUCAGCUCCAGAAAUUUUGAUACUAAGGCAGUAAUGGAAUGAUGACGAAUAUGUAUUUGUUUCCUUCAGAAUUUUCUCUAUUUCAAGACUUAAGUUUUGUUUGUUGAAGGCCGUUCAUUCAUUUGGCACUUUUAUCUUGUAUUCAGUUACAUUGAAUUGAAUUUGUUUUGAUAAACCAGUUGGAAGUAUUAUUUAAUUGGCCUUAUUAAGGAAUAUAAUAUAUAUAUCACACUUAGUUGGUUUUUUUCUUUCUUUUUUGGCUUCCUCCCGCUGCGCCCAGAGGGGCUAUUGUUCCAGAAAGCAUUUAGGGCAGGGUGCACAGAAGGGAGAAGACCUUGGGACAGGAAUCUUGAACCACAGGAGGCUAGGGAGCAAAGGCAAGCCAGCACCUCUCCUCUCCCUUACCCUUGGUAGAUAUACAACACACUUGGUGACGACUGACAUUUAUGGUACAAAUUAUUCAAUUUAUUAGAACUUGACCAAAACUGAGCUCCUGGGUAAAAUACCAAUUUUUUUAGGAUUACACUUAGUAAAAAUCAUGGAAUGACAUGCAAUUAUUCAAAGGAGCACGGCAUUUAAACAAAAUAUAGUCUACUCAUAAUUAUCAAUGGCAGCAGUAUAUUGGAGAAGCCUGGAUUAAUGAAAUCCAUAGGAAAUAUACCUGCACUAUAUUAAUGGUACUCUCUCUGUCUUUCCCAAGCACCUGUUUUAGUUGAAUGUUAAGACAUACAAGAAUAAUUUCGAGAAAUAAAUUCUUUCUACUGUGCCCACCUUUCACUAAAGCAGUAAAGUUACUCUUUGCUAAAGAACAUAGCAAAAAAAGAAAAAGAAAAGAAAGAAGGAAAAGAAAAAGUUCUAAAUAAUUUUCAAAUGGUAUUUUGAGUUGUGUCCAGUUAGGGCUGUAAUACCUUAUUGGGUACCAUGAGUCCACACAAACUGUGCUUCAAGUAUACUCUGUUAUGUUAGUGAAAUUGCCUGAGAAAAAGAGCAAGAUGGGUUUAACAUUGUCUUGAUAAAAUCACAAACAGGCAACACCAAAACUAAUUUGUUAAUUUUAAGAAACAUUAAAUUAAAAAUUAAACUAAUUCCUUUUGUACAAGAUAAUUUGAAUGUGUUGCAUUUUAUUGAAUUUUGUAAAAAUAACUGAAUCUAAAUGAUAAAGUAACAAUUGAGAAACUUCAAAUUAAGAAAAGGCAUUUAUUUAGAAGAGAAACUACCAUAAAUUUUAGAGCUGAUGGAACGAGCCAAAUUACUUACACAUAACAAAGAUAUUUUCUGAAUUGUCUUCCACUGUAUAUGUUCAAAGAUAAUUGGGAGAUCAUGAUAGAGUACAGCUAAGUGAUAAGCCUUUGAGGUUACAACGUAGAUUUCCUCUUUUUCACAGAACAUUAUAAAUUAAUGUGUAUCAAUUUUAUUUGUUUCCUUUGUGAUCUUGGUGUUCGUUUUGGAAAGUAAAUUGAGAUCAAAAUUAAAUACACACAUAGAUGUCAUCCAUAUCUCACUUUCGCUGAGAAUUUCUAAGGAAUGUCAACAUGAUUUUAGAAGAUAUAAAAGACUUGCAAAUAAGAUGCAGCUCCCAACUCCACCACAAAAGAGGAAAGAAUUCCUUUCUAAAUAUUUGCUCACCACUGGAUAUGUCACCAAUUUCGAAGUGCCAAUCUUAUCUAUAAAUGUGAAAAGUGGAACAAGGAGAGGCAGCAGCUUUUGUAAAAUGCACUGAGGCAAUAACCCAGGGCAAUUGACAAAUCUUGAUUGUGUGAUUUCUUACGCUUUUGGCUCCCUUUUUCACGCACCAGACAACCAAAAGUGAACCGUAGUUUCAAUAAUUUCAGCACAUAAGAUAGAUUUAUCAAAUAAUACCUAAUGUUAUCGUAACGAUUAGUAGCAAUACCUUAAGGGCAUGAAUCUUUCUCAUCGUUGAACUUUGAAAAAUAGGUACAAGCACGGAGUAAAUUGCAACUUUCUGAUACCUUUUGAAGUCACUCAAUUUGCUACUUUUAUCAAUAAUAAUCUGUUUCCUAAUCUUUCCAUUUGCUCACAUGUGAAAAUGACAUAAAGUCAGUUGUUCUUGGCCACUGAAAUGUAUGAAUUGUAUGUAAAAAUGUAAAAAUAUUGAUUUUCCCAUUUAGAAAAAAAAACAAAGUUAAUAUGCAUGGUCUUUUAUUUCUUGUUUUUUAAUCACCCCAAGGUAGUGUUCUGAAGUUGUAGGAUUACGAUAAAAAUUAUAUUCCAAUAUUCUAUUCAAACUUAAAUGUAGCUAGCAUGACUCAUUUCAGAGUUGCCUAAACAAUACAAAAUAUACUUCAUUCAGUCUUUGAGAGUUUUAACCAGUGCACAAUAGUGAAGAGUUUCACAUCUCAAGAUUAAAAUGAAAAAUUAAUAUCAGUUGAACACUUGGGUCUUAACAUGUCUGCCAUUUAAUUUUAUGGGAAAGUCAAAGAUUUUUAACACCAUUGUUUCUCCCAUUAAAAGUGGAUUCUCAGAAGCACAAGUAGAGUUAUUUACCAGUGAGAGACAUUUUUUGCUGUAAUUGUGCAAUGGAUGGUGAAUGCUUUUUGAGUCAGAUGUCAGAAAUUUACUGGAUGUAUGAUAUUGCAUAGUAGAAUAACAUCCUUUCCUCAUUGUGUUCUUUCUAAAAAUGAGAAGAAUGCAAGUAUAAUAGUAAACUGUCUUUGCUUAUGUCCUGCCAGAUGUUUAAUGUCAAAGUAAAAAGAAAAAGUAGGUACAAUAAGAUGAUGAUGAUGAUAGUGAAUGAACAAUCAAAACGCUGGUUUUAUUUGAAAUUAAUAGCUAGAAUAAGUCAUCAUUUUUUCAACUCUGUAACACAGCUGGUUUCAUUGAAUAUUUUUCUCUAUUAUGCUGUUAAUUACAUAGUAAUGUAUCAAAGGAGAAACACAUAAGAACUUUCUUUUCAUUUCUUGUUGAUUUAUGAAAAAGUCUUCUUACAUAUAAAUGAAUGAAUGCUCUUGUUCAGAAUGACCAUGUAAUUAUUACUUAGGAGAGACAAUGAUUUUUUUUCAAAAGUCUAUUUAUAAUAAUCAGAAUCAAAUGUCAUUUGUUUCUUCUAAGUGUAAAUGAAAAAAACUUAAGGUGGCAAAUAUAUCAUUUUAUUCAGGCUGGGCUAUAUUAACAGCAUAAAUUUUAGUGGUCAACAUAUUUGUGAAUCUUUAAACUGGUUUAGUUUUACAAUUAUUUAAAAGUGUGUAAAUUUCAUAUAUAACCAUCAGAAUAAAAGUUAGACUCAGUCGUUUAUUAAUAUGCUUAUUAAAAUUUCUUAGUUUCAGGCAGGUCAGAAGCACCUGUGUUGCAUAUCUUAUUCUAUGCUAGGCUUUAGGGUAUCUCAAGUCCCUGCCUCAACAUUAAUUUGAGGAAACAUUAGCAUUUAUGUAUUUUCCCCCAUUUGAAGCUCUAUGUGCAUUUGGCUCGUGUACAUGUUUUUGUAGUGUAAGAUAUGAAAUUUUAUAUUUUUUCAGAAAAUAAAAAAACUCUUGGUAUACAGUUAAUCUAAUUGUCAUGUUUGACCCUCUCUCAAAAGUCUUUAAACUUAAAGGUUUUGUAUAAUGAUUUCAGUUAGUUCUAAUAAAAAUGUUUGGUUUCCUAUGCUAAAUAUUAAAAUGCAAUCAGCAUUUUAAUCAACCAUUUUCCUCAAAAACAUAUUCAUGAAUCUUUGCAUUGGAAUAUUUUUGCAACUAGAGUUUGACACAGAUUAUAGGACAUGAGCAUAAUUAUGUGGGACCUAAUUAGAACUGGUUUGUGACAGUGUAAUACAUUACUUGAUUACUUGAAAACUCUACCAUAUGCAAAAAAAGACUUUUUGACGACUGGUAUUAGCUGGUCAUCUUCUCACUGCCAAGCAUCAUCUUAUGGAGUGCUUUUUGAGUCAGAUGUCAAAAAUAUACUACAUGUAUUAAGAUAUUGUGUAGUAGAAUAAUAUCAUUUUCCUCAUUGUGUUCUUUAUAAAACUAAGAAGAAUGCCAAGUAUAAUAGUAAACUGUUAUUAGUAAAUAUAAUAGUAAACACAAUAUAAUAGUAAACUCAGCAUUAAUUCAAGGAAACAUUAGCAUUUAUGUAUUUUUCCUCCAUUUGAAUCUCUAUGUGCAUUUGGCUCGUGUACUUGUUUUUGUAGUGUAAGAUAUGAAAUUUUAUAUUUUUUCAGAAAAUAAA